ACUGCCAUCCUGCCCUCUGUCUCUGCAGAAUACAGACCGAUUUGAUGUUUUGUGUGUGUCUUUGAUUGUGUUAGAUUUAUUGUGAUCUUCAUUUGAACUUCAAACUGUUCGUAGGAAAGUUCGCUUUGAACGUUUCUGUGUUUUCAUCAUGAAAACUAAGCGGUAAAAUUAGUGUGUGAGCUGCGAGUGUAGUUUUGGGAUGGCUAUUGAAGAGGCCUCUGUUGUUGCACCAGGUGCCAUCACUUCUGACAUCAUGGAUGAUGCUACUGGAUCAACCGUUCAAGCACCAGCUGAAGGAUCAUAUGAAUGGCUGGCAAAAAUAGUGUUCAAAGAAGAUACAGAGCCACUGCUGCUACCUUCUUCAAAAUCCUCAAUUGUUGUUGCUGUAUCAAAUUCCAACUUUCAAGAGGAUUCACUCCAAGCUGAAUCUACUGGAAGCCCUCAGGACCCUCAGUCCACAUUAGAAAAUACAAUAUCUGGAGCAGGUGUGCUGCCUAAUACAUUGUCCAAAGAUGCAGAAAGCAGUGAUAAUAUUAAAGAUAAUCCUGUUGAUACAAACCCUGUAGAUGACUCUCAGAAGGCUGGUGCUCAACACAUUUUACAUGAACUAGAUGUUAGACUUGCAUUUAAAGCUAAACUGAGGCUUUUAAACCAGCGCGCUGCUGCAUCCCGCCCUGACGAACGCGAUAUUGCAAAUUUGGAUUCCAAUCUGAAGAAAAAUUCAGGAUUUGUACGUAAACUUCGUAAUUUUACUGUGGCUCAACUGGAGGGCCUUGUUAGAGACAUGUCAACAUUGAAUCUAUCUAAGUAUUUGAGUGAAGCAGCAGCAGCCAUUGUUGAAGCUAAGUUGAAGGUUACUGAUGUUGGAGCAGCUGUUGUGCUGUGCAGUUUGUUUCAUCAAACCUAUGCAGAGUUUGCCCCACUUCUCCUUGAAAAUUGGCAGAAAGUAUUAUCCCUGAAAAAAGAUGAAAAGGUGGCCAAUCCAUCCAAAUUAAGAGUUGAUCUUCGUCUGUAUGGAGAUCUGGUUAGUGUGGCGCUCUUUCCCCUAAAAGAGGCUCUAACACUUCUUGGUCAGAUUCUCUCCGCUUUGAUUAAUGCCGACAAGGAAGAUCAUAACAAUGCCAGUAUAAUUUUGAGCUUCUGUAAACAUUGUGGGGAGGAUUAUGCUGGGUUGAUCCCAGCGUGCUUGAAAAAUGCUGCUGUGCUACUUAAUAGAGAGGUUCCGCGAAGUACACUUUUGCUACCUGAAAAACAGAAGGCUGUUCGCACUCUUUUGAGUGAUUAUUUUGCAUCCUUGUGCAAGCACCUUUUGAAAGAUCAUAGAGAUCUUCAGGCACUUGAACGACAAAAUAGAAGAAUCCUUCAGACAAAAGGAGAACUUAAUGCUGAACGUAAAGAACGCUUAGAAAAUUUGCAGCAACAGUAUCAAAAGCUUCUUAAUUCUGCCCAAGCUUUUGCAGAUGUUCUAGACCAGCCAAUGCCAAAACUCCCAGAAGAUCCCAUCAAAUGUGAAGAUGAUUCAGGACUUGUAGUCAGUGGGAUUGGAGGCUUCUCUGAUGGAGAUGAUGGAAUGUUUUCUGGUCUAUCUGGACUUGUUGGAGGAUUAUGGGAAGAUGAAGAAACUCAAAGGUUUUAUGAAGAUUUUCCAAACAUGAGAGAUUACCUGCCAGGUAUCAAAUCACGUGAAAGAGAACUUGGAUCUUCACCCUCACCAACCCCUGUUGCCCAAGUGACUGAGGAAGUUCUUGAUGCUGAACUAAGAGAGGAAGAUCUUGGAAACCCAGAUGUUGUUGAACCUGCAAAUGUUGAAGAUGAACCGGAUGAAGUUGAACAACUUACCAGUUUAAUAACUCAGUCCUCAAAACAACACUUAGAGCAGUUUUUAAAUCAUCUUCCUAAUUGCGUAAAUCGAGAACUGGUUGAUAAUGCAGCUGCUGAGUAUCUGCUAUCCCUUAAUUCCAAAAAUAAUAAACGAAAGCUUGUUCGGGUCUUAUUUGGUGUACCAAGAACUAGACUAGAUCUGUUACCAUUUUAUGCAAGGCUUGUGGCCACUUUACAUCCUGUUGUACCUGAAAUUGCUCAAGAUUUAUGCCACAUGCUCAAACAAGAUUUCAUUUAUCAUGUGUGCAAAAAGGACCAAAUCAACAUUGAAAGUAAAAUCAAGGUUGUCCGUUUCAUUGGAGAGCUUGUCAAGUUUAAAAUGUAUCCUCUCAUUGAGGGAUUGUAUUGUCUAAAAGUUCUUCUUCAUGAUUUUACCCAUCAUCAUGUUGACAUGGCUUGUGCCCUUCUUGAAACAUGUGGUCGCUACUUUUUGCGCAGAACAGAGUCUCAUCAACGCACAAAAAUUUACCUUGAGCAAAUGAUGCGAAAAAAGUCAGCCCUUACAAUGGAUGUAAGAUAUGUCACAAUGAUAGAAAAUGCAUUUUUCUUUGUCAAUCCACCAGAAGGUGGGACAUUGAAAGUGAAAGAACGCCCUCCGAUCCAUUCCUUUGUUCGUAAAAUUCUAUAUCAGGAUCUAAGCAAACCCACAACUGACAAGGUUUUCAGACUUAUUAGAAGAUUAAACUGGGAAGAUAAAGACUUGGCAGCCUACACUAUAAAGUGUCUAACAGCUGCCUGGAAUGUGAAAUACUACAAUAUUAGGUGUCUAGCAAGCCUAGUGGCAGGCUUAGCUGUCCACCAGGAAAGUGUGGCUCCAAUGGUUGUAGAUGGUGUUUUGGAGGACAUAAGAGUGUGCAUGGAAAUUAAUCAUGCCAAACUUAAUCAACGACGAGUGGCUAUGAUCAAAUACUUAGGAGAGCUUUAUAAUUACCGUGUUGUUGAGAGCAAUGAUAUAUUCAAGGUUUUGUACUCUCUUAUUAAAUUUGGUGUAUCAUAUGACCCAGCCAAUCCAGCUCUUCUUGAUCCUCCUGAUCAUCUUUUCCGAAUUCGUUUAGUUUGCACUUUAUUAUUCACUUGUGGACAGUUUUUUAAUAGUGGGCCUAGCAAACAAAAACUUGACUACUUCAUUGUCUUCUUCCAGCAUUACUAUUGGAUGAAAAGGGAGAGUGGUUACUGGGCUUCAGGAGACACAGUUAGCGCUCUAACAGGGGCAGGUGAUGGGCCAUCUCCUUUCCCAAUGUCAAUAGAAUACAUGUUUGAAGAUGCAAUUUUAGGAUUAAGACCUACUCUUACACUUGCUAAGAAUAUUGAAGAGGCAGUUUCUGCAGUUGAGCUUUUAGAGUCAAAGCUACUUGCGCAAUUACCUAAAUUAACAGAUGCGCCAGGUGACAAUGGUGAGCUUGGCACCAUAACAGAGGAUUCAGAAAGAGAAACUGAUGGUGAAAGAGAGAACACUGAUGACACAAGUUCUAUGGAUGAAACAGAAGAAGAUAAUGGGGCUGAAUCUCCAUAUGAAGAUGAGUUGGACAAUAUAUUGGAUGAUGAAGAUGAUGAUAAUGAUGAUGAAGAAGACAUGUCUGAUUCUGCUGGUAUUGAUAACCAUGAUGGCGAUGUGGUGAAAAUCAAACGAAAGGAGCAGGAAGAAGCAAGCCAUGAGGAUAAGGAGUUUAUGGAUGAACUGGAACAGAUGGUCUCAUGCAGCAUCCAAGAUCAUGCACGUAAUAUGUCGAAGCCACAUACUGUGGACAUCUCAAUCCCAUUCCAUAUUCGGACCAAUCACAAAAAGACAUAUGAGCAACUUCAAGAGGCAAAUGAAAAUCUAAAUGCUGAGCAAAGCACUGUCAAUUUUACUCUGCUAACAAGAAGGGGAAACAAGCAAUCAUUCCGUAACCUUUCUGUACCAGUGAGCUCAGAGUUGGCUUUAAAUCUGAGAUGUCAAGAACAGGCUGAACGAAUGGAAAUGGAAAAAGUAAAGAGGCUAACCUUAGAUAUUAAUGAAAGACUGGAAGAAGAAGAUUACCAAGACAUGCUUGCGUCGUUUCAGCGACCUGCCACAGUGAAUCUUAAUCGGGAAAGACGCAACCGUUACCAACAUCCAAAAGGUGCACCUGAUGCAGAUCUCAUUUUUGGACCCAAACGGACAAGAUAAAUAUUAUGGACUGAUACAUAAAAUGCUCUUCAAAUUGGAUGUUGUUACUGCCACUCAACUUGAAGUCAACGAUCUCUGUGUUAUGUACAGUUCUAAGGUUAGAUAUUUGACUUAAUGUAAAUUUACAUUUAAAAAAUGACUUUUUCUUCAAUAUUUUUUUUAUGAUCAGAGCAUUCUUAUCAAUUGUGUUGAACACUUGUUGAAAUAUAAAAGUUAAUUUAAACGUCGGUACCUAA